AUGGAUCUUGAGAAUGUGUCAUGUCCGAUUUGUCUAAGGAAGUUUGAUGACUUGAAUGCGCUGAAUGUACAUUUAGAUGUUGAGCAUGGGUUUGAUGAUAAUGAGGAUUCUCUCGGUUCCAAUGAUAGUCGUCAGGUCAAUAACAAGCGAAAAAACCCCAACUAUGAUGGCAACAAAGUGCAGAAGUUAAAAAGAAGCCACUGGGAAAAACUCCAAAGGGGGAAGAGUCGUUGUCACACAUGUGGAAGAACUUUGAAUAACGACAUUGGCGCCACUAAUUGCAGAAAAUGUGGCAAAUUAUAUUGUAGGAGACAUCUCCCCAAUAUGAUUAAACUAGAUAUUUAUGCACAGUACGACCCUACAAACGGGAAAUGGCAUAAUUGUUGCCAUGAUUGCUUUGUUGCAAAGCCCGGUUAUAAUGACUAUGGUGAAGCAGUGAAUUUAACACAUGAUUUUUUCAAGAUACGAAAUAUGCAAAAAGAGGACAAGAACUUGAGAUUACUACAAUUAGAAAAUCGGUUUGUCCGUCUAGUUGAUGGGAUGAUAACACUCCACCAGAAAUAUACGGGGUCCAUCAUUUACAAUUUAAAAAUGAAAAGUGAAGUAUCCAAAUUAGAACGCACAGUAACUCCCUGGAGAGAGGAUAGAAGCGUGCUUUUUUGUAACAUAUGUUCGGAGCCUUUCGGUUUAUUACUACGGAAGCAUCACUGCAGGUUGUGUGGCAUGAUUGUUUGUGACGAUGUUACCAGAAACUGCUCAAAUCAAAUAAACAUAGGCUAUUUAAUGUCUGCAGCAUCUGAUUUACCUUUCAAAUAUUAUAGGCAGAAAGAUGAUUUACUUCAUGCUCCUCUAUCUAUAAGGUUGUGCACUCAAUGUAUCGAUAUGUUAUUUAUUGGCAGAAAAUUUACCAAAGAUGUUGCAAUGCCAUUAAGUGGAAUAUUCGCUAAAUACGAGAGUAUGAAAAAUAUAUCUAAGGUAAUUGACGGCCUCAUGCCUAUUUUUGAAGAUUCUUUGAACAACCUGAAAUUGAAAACUGCCAAAGAUUCAGAGAAUGUACUUGAUUAUAAGAAUCUGAAUGAUCUUGCUCGAUUAAGACAGAAAUUACUUGGUUCUGUUAAUUUGUACAAUACGCUAACAAGACAGCUCAUAAGUGUAGAACCUCGCAGUAAUCUGGAGAAAAAACUUCAAAGUUCGAUCAAAAUAGCUUCUGCUGCAUAUAUAAAUGAAAAAAUACUACCAUUAAAGUCCCUUCCGGCAAUUUUGAAUCCAGAGGGCCAGAAAACGAACAACGAAAAGCGACAAAACGAACCAGAGAUAAAGAAGUUAUCACAGUUGAUGAUCGAAAAUUUGACUAUAAAGGAAGUAAAGGAGCUGAGAGAAGAGCUCAUGGUGCUGAAAGAACAGAGCUACCUGAUUGAGUCCACAAUUCAAGACUACAAGAAGCAGCGCAGAUUGGAAGAGGUCGUCGCUCUUAAUAAGAAUUUAGAAGAAUUGCGCUCACGAAUACGUACGGUUCAAUCCAAGCUAGGGGACAAUGGUUUUAAAUAA